UUGAGUUUGAAGACCGGCGGGAAAAUGACAGCAUCUCUUGCCUGGCCAGGGUUCUCCCGAGAGGGAGGACGCUGGAACUGUGGCUUGCCCUGAUCGGCCGAGAAGGAUUUGCCAUGAAUCUUCUGCGUCGGAGUGGGAAACGGCGGCGUUCAGAAUCAGGCUCAGAUUCGUUCUCGGGAAGUGGCGGUGACAGCAGUGCCAGCCCCCAGCUCCUCUCCGGGUCCGUGCUGAGUCCGCCGCCGGGCCUGGGUCGCUGCCUGAAGGACCGCAGCCGUCAGUCGGCCGCAGCUGCAGGAGAAUGCAAGCCUACAGUUCCUGACUACCAAAUAGACAAGCUACUAUUGGCAAACUGGGGACUUCCUAAAGCAGUUCUGGAAAAAUACCACAGUUUUGGUGUAAAAAAGAUGUUCGAAUGGCAGGCAGAGUGCCUUUUGCUUGGACAAGUCCUGGAAGGAAAGAAUUUAGUUUAUUCAGCUCCUACAAGUGCUGGGAAGACUCUUGUGGCAGAAUUACUUAUUUUGAAGCGGGUUUUGGAAAUGCGGAAGAAAGCUUUGUUUAUUCUUCCCUUUGUUUCUGUGGCUAAAGAGAAGAAAUACUACCUCCAGAGUCUGUUUCAGGAAGUAGGAAUAAAAGUAGACGGUUAUAUGGGCAGCACCUCUCCGUCAAGGCAUUUCUCUUCAUUGGAUAUUGCAGUCUGCACAAUUGAGAGAGCCAAUGGUCUGAUCAAUCGCCUCAUAGAGGAAAAUAAGAUGGAUCUGUUAGGAAUGGUGGUUGUGGAUGAAUUACAUAUGCUGGGAGACUCUCACCGAGGGUAUCUGCUGGAACUUUUGCUGACCAAGAUUUGCUAUAUUACUCGGAAAUCAGCAUCUUGUCAGGCAGAUUUAGCCAGUUCUCUGUCUAAUGCUGUGCAGAUUGUUGGCAUGAGUGCUACCCUUCCUAAUUUGGAGCUUGUGGCUUCCUGGUUGAAUGCUGAACACUACCAUACCGACUUUCGCCCUGUACCACUUUUGGAGUCAGUAAAAGUUGGAAAUUCCAUAUAUGACUCUUCAAUGAAACUUGUGAGGGAAUUUGAACCUAUGCUACAAGUGAAGGGAGAUGAGGACCAUGUUGUUAGUUUAUGUUAUGAGACGAUUCGUGAUAACCAUUCAGUAUUACUUUUUUGUCCAUCAAAGACAUGGUGUGAGAAGCUGGCAGAUAUCAUUGCUCGAGAGUUUUAUAAUCUACAUCAUCAAACUGAGGGAUUGGUGAAACCCUCUGAAUGCCCACCAGUAAAUCUAGAACAAAAAGAACUCCUGGAAGUGAUGGAUCAGUUAAGACGUUUGCCUUCAGGACUGGACUCUGUAUUACAGAAAACUGUACCAUGGGGAGUAGCAUUUCAUCAUGCAGGUCUUACUUUAGAAGAGAGAGAUAUUAUUGAAGGAGCCUUCCGUCAAGGUCUCAUUCGGGUCUUGGCGGCAACUUCUACUCUUUCUUCUGGGGUGAAUUUACCUGCACAUCGUGUGAUUAUUCGAACCCCUAUUUUUGGUGGUCGACCUUUAGAUAUUCUUACUUAUAAGCAGAUGGCUGGUCGUGCUGGCAGGAAAGGAGUGGACACAGUAGGCGAGAGUAUCUUAAUUUGUAAGAACUCUGAGAAAUCAAAAGGGAUAGCUCUCCUUCAGGGUUCUCUAAAGCCUGUUCGCAGCUGUCUGCAAAGACGAGAAGGAGAAGAAGUAACGGCCAGCAUGAUACGAGCUAUUCUGGAGAUAAUAGUUGGUGGAGUGGCAAGUACAUCACAAGAUAUGCAUACUUAUGCUGCCUGCACAUUUUUGGCUGCAAGUAUGAAAGAAGGGAAGCAAGGAAUUCAGAGAAAUCAAGAGUCUGUUCAGCUUGGAGCAAUUGAGGCCUGCGUGAUGUGGCUGCUAGAAAAUGAAUUCAUCCAGAGUACAGAAGCCAGUGAUGGAACAGAAGGAAAGGUGUAUCAUCCAACACAUCUUGGUUCGGCUACUCUUUCUUCUUCACUUUCUCCAGCUGAUACUUUAGAUAUUUUUGCUGACCUGCAAAGAGCAAUGAAGGGCUUUGUUUUAGAGAAUGAUCUUCAUAUUCUUUAUCUGGUUACACCUAUGUUCGAGGAUUGGACUACUAUUGAUUGGUAUCGAUUUUUCUGUUUAUGGGAGAAGUUGCCAACUUCAAUGAAAAGGGUGGCAGAGCUAGUGGGAGUUGAAGAGGGGUUCUUGGCCCGCUGUGUGAAAGGAAAAGUAGUAACCAGAACUGAGAGACAGCAUCGACAAAUGGCCAUCCAUAAAAGGUUUUUCACCAGUCUUGUGCUAUUAGAUUUAAUCAGUGAAGUUCCCUUAAGGGAAAUUAAUCAGAAAUAUGGAUGCAAUCGUGGACAGAUUCAAUCUUUGCAACAGUCAGCUGCUGUUUAUGCAGGGAAAAAACAAGGAAAUAUAAAUACAUCUAAAGAAAUGGCGAAUUCGUCUGUAAAAAAAAAUCAAUUCAACAAUUAUUCUAUGAAUGUUCUAGGGAUGAUUACAGUGUUUUCCAACCGUCUGGGCUGGCACAACAUGGAACUACUACUUUGCCAAUUUCAGAAGCGUCUUACAUUUGGCAUCCAGAGGGAGCUGUGUGACCUGGUUCGGGUAUCCUUACUAAAUGCUCAGAGAGCCAGGGUUCUCUAUGCUUCUGGCUUUCAUACUGUGGCGGACCUUGCUAGGGCAAAUAUUGUGGAGGUGGAGGUGAUUCUGAAAAGUGCUGUGCCUUUCAAAAGUGCCCGGAAGGCAGUGGAUGAGGAAGAGGAAGCAGUUGAAGAACGUCGGAAUAUGCGAACUAUCUGGGUGACUGGCAGAAAAGGUUUAACUGAAAGGGAAGCAGCAGCCCUUAUAGUGGAAGAAGCCAGAAUGAUUCUGCAGCAGGACUUAGUUGAAAUGGGAGUGCAAUGGAAUCCCUGUGCCCUGUUACAUUCUAGUACAUGUUCAUUGACUCACAGUGAGUCAGAAGUAAAGGAACACACAUUUAUAUCCCAAACUAAGAGUUCUUAUAAAAAAUUAACAUCAAAGAACAAAAGUAACACAAUAUUUAGUGAUUCUUACAUUAAGCAUUCACCAAAUAUAGUGCAAGACUUAAAUAAAAGUAGAGAGCAUACAAGUUCCUUUAAUUGUAAUUUCCAGGAUGGGAAUCAAGAACAUCAGAGACAUUCCAUUUUCAGAGCAAAAAAACGGGCCUCUUUGGAUAUAAAUAAAGAGAAGCCAGGAGCCUCUCAGAAUGAGGGGAAAACAAGCAAUAAGAAAGUUGUUAAGAUUUUUUCAGAGAAAACAAAAAAGGUACCUUUGAAUUUCAAUUCAGAAAAGAUGAGCAGAAGUUUUCGAUCUUGGAAACAUAGAAAGCAUCUAAAGCAAUCUAGGGACAGCAGCCCCCUGAAAGACUCUGGAGCAUGUAGAAUCCAUUUACAGGGACAGACUCUGUCUAAUCCUAGUCUUUGUGAAGACCCAUUUACCUUAGAUGAGAAGAAUACAGAAUUUAGAAAUUCAGGGCCAUUUGAUAAAAAUGUAUCUUUGAGUGGUAAGGAAAAAGAUAACAAAACAUCAUUCCCAUUACAAAUAAAGCAAAGUUGUUCACGGAACAUAACACUAACUAAUGACAAUUUUGUGGAAGAUAUUGUCACAGGAUCUCAGAGUAAAAAUGUGACUUGUCAGGCCACUAGUGUGGUUGGUGAAAAGGGCAGAGGAGUAGCUGUUGAGGCAGAAAAAAUAAAUGAAGUGCUGAUACAAAAUGAUUCAAAAAACCAGAAUGUUUAUGUGAAACACUGUGACACCCAUCCAAUUAACCAGUACCCGCAAAAGCAAUCUCAUGAACAGGCAAGCACUUUUACCCAACAGAAAAAUAUAAUAGAGAGACAAAUGCCCUGUGAAGCAGUCAGUAGUUACAUAAAUAGAGACUCAAAUGUUACUAUUAAUUGUGAAAGGAUAAAGCUUAAUACGGAGGAAAAUAAACCAAGUCAUUUUCAGGCAUUAGGAGAUGAUAUAAGCAGAACUGCGAUACCCAGUGAAGUGCUUCCAUCAACUGGAGCAUUUAGCAAAUCAGGAGGCCAGCAUGAGAAUUUUCUAAAUAUUUCUAGACUACAAGAAAAAACAGGUACUUACACAACAAACAAAACUAAAAAUAAUCAUGUUUCUGACUGUGAUUUUGAAGAUAGUUUCUACCUGGAUACUCAGUCAGAGAAAAUAAUGCAACAGAUGGCAACUGAAAGCACCAAACUAGGAGCAAAGGACACCAACCUGGCAGCAGGGAUAAUGCAGAAGAGCGUAGUCCAACAGAACUUGAUGAACUCUUUUCAGAAAGAGUGUCACAUUCCUUUUCCUGCUAAGCAGCAUCCUCUAGGAGCGACUAAGAUAGAUCAUUUGGACCUUAAGACUGUAGGUACUAUGAAACAAAGCACUGAUUCACAUGGGGUUGAUAUCCUGACUCCAGAAAGCCCAAUUUUCCAUUCUCCAAUACUAUUGGAGGAAAAUGGUCUUUGUUUUAAAAAGAAUGAACUUUCUGUUACUGAUUCUCAAUUAAAUAGUUUUCUUCAAGGUUAUCAAACACAAGAAACUGUGAAACCAGUUAUACCUCUGAUUCCUCAAACGAGAACUCCCAGUGGUACAGAAGGAGAAUGUCUUCCAGUUCCUGAAACAAGUUUGAAUAUGAGUGACAGUUUACUCUUUGAUAGUUUCAGCGAUGACUAUCUAGUAAAAGAACAAUUACCUGAUGUGCAAACGAAAGAACCCCUUCCUUCAGAAGUAACAUCACACCAUUUUAGUGAUUCUCUGUGUCUACAACAAGAAGACCUAAUUAAAAAAUCAAAUGUAAAUGAGAAUCAAGAUACCUGCCAGCAGUUGACUUUUUCCAAUGAUGAAUCUGUUAUAUUUUCAGAAAUGGAUUCUGUUCAGAUGGUUGAAGCUUUGGACAAUGCGGAUAUAUUUCCUGUUCAAGGGAAGCAUCAUACUGUAGUAUAUCCUAGAGCAUUAGAACUAAAUGAUCCAGUACUUGAUGAGCACCACCAAGGUGAUCAAGAUGGAGGAGAUCAAGAUGAAAGGGCUGAAAAAUCAAAAUUAACUGGGACCAGGCAAAAUCAUUCAUUCAUAUGGUCAGGGGCAUCAUUUGAUCUAAGUCCAGGACUGCAAAGGAUUUUAGAUAAAGUGUCCAGUCCACUAGAAAAUGAAAACCUAAAAUCAGUGACUAUAAACUUGUCUAGUUUGAAUGGAAAAAAUACAGAGUUAAAUGAAGAACAAGAAGUUAUUUCAAACUUGGAGACAAACCAAGUGCAGGGAAUUUCAUUUUCUUCUAAUAGUGAAGUAAAAAGCAAGAUUGAGAUGCUAGAAAACAAUGCCAAUCAUGGUGAAACCUCAUCCCUCUUACCUCGUAAAGAAAGCGAUAUAGUUGAUGAUAAUGGUCUCAUUCCUCCUACACCCGUUCCAACGUCUGCUUCUAAGCUGACAUUUCCAGGGAUUCUUGAAACACCUGUAAACCGUUGGAAAACUAAUAAUGUUUUACAACCUGGUGAAAGUUAUUUAUUUGACUCACCUUCAGACAUUAAAAACCACGAUUUAAGUCCAGAGAGUAGAAAUGGGUUCAAAGACAACAACCCUAUUAGUGACACAGGCUUUUCACUUCAGUUAUCACAGGAUGGAUUACAGUUAACUCCAGCCUCAAGCAGUUCAGAAAGUUUGGCCAUAAUUGAUGUAGCAAGUGACCAAAAUCUUUUUCAAACAUUCAUUAAGGAGUGGCGGUGCAAAAAGCGAUUUUCCAUCUCACUGGCUUGUGAAAAGAUUAGAAGUUUCACAUCUUCUAAAACUGCUACUAUUGGUGGUAGGUUUAAGCAAGCUAGCUCACCUCAGGAAAUUCCUAUUAGAGAUGAUGGAUUUCCUAUUAAAGGUUGUGAUGACAUCUUGGUGGUUGGACUGGCAGUAUGCUGGGGUGGAAGGGAUGCCUAUUAUUUUUCAUUGCAGAAGGAACAAAAGCAUUCUGAAAUUAGUGCCAGUUUGGUUCCACCUUCUCUAGAUCCAAGCCUGACUUUGAAAGACAGGAUAUGGCACCUUCAAUCUUGCUUGCGAAAGGAAUCUGAUAAAGAACGUUCUGUUGUCAUCUAUGACUUCAUCCAGAGCUAUAAAAUUCUUCUUCUUUCUUGUGGCAUCUCCUUGGAACAAAGUUAUGAAGAUCCUAAGGUGGCAUGCUGGUUACUAGAUCCAGAUUCUCAGGAGCCGACUCUUCAUAGCAUAGUUACCAGUUUUCUUCCUCAUGAGCUUCCACUCCUAGAAGGGAUGGAGACCAGCCAAGGGAUUCAAAGCCUGGGGCUAAAUGCUGGCAGUGAGCAUUCUGGGCGAUACAGAGCAUCUGUGGAGUCCAUUCUCAUCUUCAACUCUAUGAAUCAGCUCAACUCUUUGUUGCAGAAGGAAAACCUUCAAGAUGUUUUCCAUAAGGUGGAAAUGCCCUCUCAGUACUGCUUGGCCUUGCUCGAACUAAAUGGAAUUGGCUUUAGUACUGCAGAAUGUGAAAGUCAGAAACACAUAAUGCAAGCCAAGCUGGAUGCGAUUGAGACCCAGGCCUAUCAACUAGCUGGCCACAGUUUUUCUUUCACCAGUUCAGAUGACAUCGCUGAGGUUUUAUUUUUGGAAUUGAAGUUGCCCCCAAAUGGAGAGAUGAAAAACCAAGGCAGCAAGAAAACUCUGGGUUCCACCAGAAGAGGGAAUGACAAUGGACGCAAGCUAAGGCUGGGAAGACAGUUCAGCACUAGUAAGGAUGUUUUAAAUAAAUUAAAGGCAUUACAUCCUUUACCAGGUUUGAUAUUAGAAUGGAGAAGAAUCACUAAUGCUAUUACCAAAGUGGUCUUUCCCCUUCAGCGGGAAAAGCGUCUUAAUCCUUUUCUUGGAAUGGAAAGAGUCUAUCCUGUAUCACAGUCGCACACUGCUACAGGACGAAUAACCUUUACAGAACCAAAUAUUCAGAAUGUGCCAAGAGAUUUUGAAAUCAAAAUGCCAACACUAGUAGGAGAAAGCCCACCUUCUCAAGCUAUAGGCAAAGGCCUACUUCCCAUGGGCAGAGGAAAAAGUAAGAAGGGUUGCAGCCUGAACCCUGGACGCCAGGCACAGAUGGAGGAGAGAGCUGCAGACAGAGGAAUGCCAUUUUCAAUUAGCAUGCGACAUGCCUUUGUUCCUUUCCCAGGUGGUUUAAUACUGGCUGCUGACUACUCCCAGCUUGAACUGAGGAUCUUGGCUCAUUUAUCCCAUGAUCGUCGUCUCAUUCAAGUGUUAAACACUGGAGCUGAUGUUUUCAGGAGCAUUGCAGCAGAAUGGAAGAUGAUUGAGCCAGAGUCUGUUGGGGAUGAUCUGAGGCAGCAGGCAAAACAGAUUUGCUAUGGGAUCAUUUAUGGAAUGGGAGCUAAAUCUUUGGGAGAGCAGAUGGGCAUUAAAGAAAAUGAUGCUGCUUGCUAUAUUGACUCCUUCAAAUCCAGAUACAUAGGGAUUAAUCAAUUCAUGAGAGAGACAGUGAAAAAUUGUAAAAGAGAUGGGUUUGUUCAAACCAUUUUGGGAAGGCGUAGAUAUUUACCAGGAAUCAAAGACAACAACCCUUAUCAUAAAGCUCACGCUGAGCGUCAAGCUAUCAACACAACAGUCCAAGGAUCGGCAGCUGAUAUUGUCAAAAUAGCCACAGUUAACAUUCAGAAGCAAUUAGAGACCUUCCACUCAACUUUCAAAUCCCAUGGCCAUCGAGAGGGUAUGCUCCAAAGUGACCGAACAGCAGGAUUGUCACGAAAGAGAAAACUGCAAGGGAUGUUCUGCCCAGUCAGAGGAGGCUUUUUCAUCCUUCAACUCCAUGAUGAACUCCUGUAUGAAGUGGCAGAAGAAGAUGUUGUUCAGGGUCUUUAUAAAAGGGAAGCAGAUGGUCAGAGUCAGGGAAGAUACGACAACAGAAACAGAGAAAGAUUGCAAGAUGCUACACUGCUGGCUUUAAAGUUGGAAGAAUGGUCCAUGAGCCAAGGAAUGCAGGAACCCUCAAAAAAUUGGAAAAGGUGAACUUCAAUCAACAUCGUCAAAAGUUGUCUUUAAAUUCUUCCAACAAAAAGUAACACAUUUCCUCAAAUUGCUGGAGAUUUUGAAUGGCUAUUGGGUUAAUAAAUUCUAGCAAAACGUGUGAGUUUUGGGAAGUUGUAUUUGAUAGAUUUGCUGUACAUUGCUCUCCCACCCCCUCCCUGCCUUUUGAAAACAAUUACACUUUGCAAAACCAUAGUUCAUAGUGUUAUAAAUGGGUCUUACCUCUGUCCAUAUGUAAUCUUGGCAAAAAUCAUUAGUGCAUGACAUCAUGACAUAAGAGAGCAUCUAUGUACAAACAUAUACAAUUUUAUUGAUAUCUCUACAGACUACAAGAAUUUUGUUAAGUAUAGUCACAAUUGCUGAGUGCAACAGAAAAAUAGUAAUUUGUCAUUUUCUGAAAAGAUGCAAAAAUUCUGAAGAUGAAAGAAAGAUACAUCAAUGAUGUCAUCUGUUUCUUAUUUCCUAGAAUAAAACAUCACAUAAUUAAGUACUAAAAAUUAUAGGUUAUUAGAGAUUCUGAUCCUGUGUACAAUUGUCCAAAACCACCACCUAGUUUAUUUUCUGGCUUUGCGGUUAAGAAGGGUGGGCCAACAGCAGAGGGAAAGCAGUAUGAGGGCGAUAACUCUGAGUUUCUUCUCAGUAUGCGUUACUGCCUUUGAUAGGCUGGAUUUUCCUUUUUUGAAGGUGUAAGCACUCUUUCAGGGCACUGGAUGUCAUACAGGAAGUUACAGGUAUUCUUUUCCUUUAAACAUAUGUCCAAAGACUAAGAAAAUAAAUCCAAGUGGCCCUGGGAGCUUUUGAUUGAGAUAACAAUCAAAAAGGAAGAUUUGUUCUUCCUUUUUGCUAAGACCAAGUCCAGUGAAAUAUACCUACAACAGAACAGGUACCUGGUACCUAUGUCUCCUCCAGAAGAAGAAUGAAUAAUAAAUUUGGACCUAAUUUAGCAAAUGAUUGUUUUGAGAAUUUCCACUGUCUAAAUAUGAAGAAUUAGUUUUCCACUUAGCUUUAUAUGCUGUUGUAUGUACUGCGCUACUUCUGGUAUCUUGUGAUGUCACAUGUGUAAGACAGUUGAAAAAAAAAACCUAGACCUUUUAAUUGGAAUAAUUGAUGGACAAGUCACAUAGGAGAAUAUCACAAAGACGGUUAUUAAGAGUUAAUGGGGCAUUGCCUGGUCAGAAAUUCCCAAAUACUUUUGUUCUAUGAGACAUCCAGAAUAAAUACCAUUACAAUAUCUUACAUUUUGCCUUCCCUGACCACUCAGAACUGGGGCUGGAGCACCAGCCAAGGCAAACAAACAAGUUUUCCUUAGUUGGCCAUAAAGCAGUGAUAAUCACCUUUGGCUGGAUAUUAGAACCACCUUGGAGCUUUCACAAAUAUUGGUAUCUGGUUCCCACUCCAAACGAUUUUAAUAUAAUUGGGAAUUUUAAAAUUUCCUGAGGUGAUUCUUAUGUAGAGCCAAGGUUGAGAAUCACUCCUCUAGAUAAAUAUGGAAAUCAAAGCAUCUGUGUAUCUGAUUCCUUAAAGCCUCUUUCGCUUCACUGUGGCUCCCAUGUCCUUCCUCACCACAGUCUUCUUGCACCAAAUUGGUACUUCCUCCUCCUUUUCUGAGACAGACCUUACCUAUUCUACAUUUCAUGCUUUCAGGGCUAUGUUGUCUGCAAAUACACACACUAAACUUGUUAUGUUAACAACUAUGUUCCCUGGAAUGGUGCAUAUUAGAGGUACUGCUCAAACCAGGUACACCACAAGUAUUUCUGGCACCCAGGACAGUGUGCAUGUGAAAUAGUACCCAGCCAAAAAUGGAGUUGCGUGACAGAGGACAGAGGUGAAGAAGCUGUGAAAGCUACCACAUUUCUCCUGACACAGAGACCAAGACCUGAUACGUUUUGACUUCUUUUUUUUUUUUUUUUGAGACGGAGUCUCGCUCUGUCGCCCAGGCUGGAGUGCAGUGGC